UGACAAAUGACUUUUUACUGGCCUUUUAUUUAUUAUACAACAUAAACGUCAUUAUUAAAUUAUUCGUCCUAGGGACAAUAAUUCAAUCUCUACUCUGGUUGAGAACAAAUUUGUGAUUUUGUCAAAUUUCCAAUAUUCCAAAUCCGUUAUAUUCAUUUUUUCGCCCAAAAAUCGGAAUCACAAGAAAAAAAAGGCAAAACCUAAAAAAUGGGCGCGAGGUGGGUGGUAGGAUUGGCUGUCCUCCUGGGCGUGGUCGGCGGCACAGCGUCGGCGGACGACUGCUUGUCGCCGCUGAUGAAGCUGUCGAGUUGCUUCCAAUUCGUGAUGCCCCUGAGCAAGGCGUCGAAGCCGGACGAGAACUGCUGCGACGCCCUCAACUCGCUGCUGGAUUCGGACGCCGCGAGUGGGACCCACGCGAUGACCGACUGUAUGUGCAACGCUUUCAACGGCCACGGCGAGUUCGCAGUCCAGAUCAACAAGACCCGGGCCCUCGCCCUAGCCGACGCCUGUUAUGCUUCGCACCCCGCAAACUGUACUCAGGCUCCAGCACCCGCCCCAGCAACAAUCACGCUCCCGAGCUCGACGACUGUGGCCCCAAGCUCAGCCACAGGCAACCAUAGCUCCUCUGCUUGUUCUUCUUCACUCGUUGCCUCUCUUAAGCUGCUCCUUUGUACCACAAUAUUUGCUGCAAUUUUCACGCAUAGACCUGGCCAGAUAAAUUAACGAGUCGAAUUAUUAGAAAUUUUGAUAGAGAUUCCUAAAUAGGAUGGAUGAAUUUACUAUAAGGCUGUCUCAAAAAAAAUUCCAACCUUUUCUUUAAGACAAGAUGACAAAUAUACGUUAACGAGGUCAAACACACCAAAUAAUUUUUCAUAGUCCUGCAUUUAUGUUCAAGAAUUUCAUCAUUUUUGUUACUUUCCAGAUGUAUAAAAUAUCAAACUAAAUGUAUAUGUGAUGUGAAAAUUUACACCGCGACCUCGGAUUCUCGGAAUAUUGUGUGCCAGUUUUUAAGAAAAGUGCUUGGAUGGUAUGGUUAAGGGCAUAACCAGCUCAGGCCUCUUCGUUGUUCGACCAACGGUUAGUCUCCCAAUCGGAGAAGAAUCUAGCCUUACAGCUAACUAGUACAAUGUUCUGUGUAUUACAAAGGUGUUGCAUUAAUGGCAUGAUUGGUAGGAAGAAAUGACAUGUGAAUAGAAUGAUCAUUUCCUUACUCAUUCAUU